AUGGGCGGCAUCAUCGCGGUAUCCUACGAGGCCCGCGCCAAGGGCGUCACGCGGCAGAUGUCCGGCGCUGAAGCGCGGAAGGCGUGUCCGGAGAUCAUCUUGGUGCAGGUGCCCACCGCCUUCGGCAAGGCGGACCUCCGGAUCUACAAGGCGAGACCGGCUUUGGCGCCGAUGGGAACCGUGAUGGUCAUCCUGGAGCUGAACAAAUGGAUCUCCGCGUGCAAACCACGGCGGCGCUGGCGGGAGGCCCUGCUCCUUUUGGCAGAUUGCCGUGGCAGACAGCUGCGAGGAACCGCCGUCAGCUUCUCCGCGGUCGUGGGAUGCUGUGCUGCCAGCACCCGCUGGCGCGAGGCCGUGAUGGUACUUGCGGAGCUCGAGGGCUCCGGCCUCACCAGCGUCGUGGCGCGCAGCAACGCCCUCACUGGCUUGGAGAAGUCCGGGUGGCCGAAGGCAGCGCUCUUGCUUGCCGGCUUCCCAGACCGAGGGCUGCAGACGGACUUGAUUGCCAGCAGCACGUUUGUCAGCGCCUGCGAAAAAGCUGCGCAGUGGAGCGUGGCACUGCAGAUGUUAUUUCAGGAAGGCAUAGAAGGCGACGUCGUGAUGCGCAGCGCAGCCGUCAGUGCCUGUGAAAAAGCCUCGAAGUGGCACAGCGCAGUGGAUAUUUUCAGCCAAGGCUUUGCGAACAUCGUGAGCUACAGUGCCCUGAUGCGGGCACUGGCAAGAAGCGGCCGGUGGGAGGCAGCGCUCACUUUGCUGACACAGGCGGACCGGGGGCUUCAAGUAAACAUCGUGGCGAUGGGCAGCUGCCUCAGCGGCUGCGCGGGGGCUGGAUGGGCCGCGGGCCUGGAGCUGCUACGAGGCGUUUAUGGCAGAGGCCUGCAGCCCAGCGCAAUGCUCUUCAGCGUCUCCGGGCCUUGGCCCCGCAGCCUCGCCCUCACUGCCCUGCGAAGUCGGCUGGCCAACGCGCAGACACUCGCAGCGGCCACCACAGGGUGCACCUGGCCAGUUAGCCUGGCCUUGCUGCACGGCGCACCGGCAGUGCGCUGCGGCGUGGAUGAGGUGUGCAUCAACGCGGCAAUGGCCUGCCAGGACUUCAAUUGGCAGACUGUGAUGGUGCUCUUGCGGCAGAUGCAACGCACCAGAAUGGAGCAGAGCGCCGUCACGCUGAACUCAGCCAUCAGCGCCUGUGAGAAAGCCAUGAGUUGGCAGAGCGCUUUGCAUCUUCUUUGGGCAGCUGACGUGCGAGACCUCCAGUUGGACGUGGUCAGCUUCAACUCCACCAUCAGCGCCUGUGAAAAAGCCGCGGAGUGGCAACAGGCCUUCCUUUUGCUGGCGGCGCUCAGCGCGCGGCGCCUCCAGCGUGACGCGUUUUCGUUCAACGCGGCGAUUUCGGCCUGCGAGCGCCGGGGCCAAUGGCAGCGCGCCCUGGGUUUGUUGGAGGAAGCAGCAGACAUGGCGGAUGUUAUCACCUUCAGUGCCGCCAUUUGCAGCUGUGAAAAGGCAUCCCGGUGGAGCCUCUGCAUCCAUUUGCUGUGUCAGGCGAAGAAGAAUGAUCUCCAGCCCAACAUUCUGACCUACAACAGCGCCAUUUGUGCGAACGUGCGCGCCUUGAAGUGGGAGCAAGUGCUGCUGCUCUGGGAAAUGCUAGAUGAGGGCCGCGCAGAUGCCAUCACCUACGAGCUCUUGAUCAGCGCGCUGAGCCAAGCGCAACUGUAUCUACCCGUGCCGGCACUGCUGGGCUCUACGGAGCCCAAGGUGCUGAAUCGGUGGAAGUAA